GGAGGAGCAGUUCCAAUGCAGGCCAGAUAAAGGCCGUUUAUCAAUCGUUUUCUCCGAGAACGCAUCUGAUUUCCCAGAAAACAGCUCUAUAGGCAUACAAGUUGGUAGAAUGUGUAAAAAAAUAAAUAACUUAAAAGUCCAGUUAUGAACGACAUAGAGAAAAGAUUUGUAGCUGUGUAAAGGGGGUAAAAUUGACACAUUGAAUGUAUCAGGACUGUGCUCGGGACGACCACAGAGGGGAGAAUUGAAACGGGGCAAAUGCCAUCACAUUGAACAUAUGUUUGGGGGCGGGACAGACUCUCUCUUUUUGUUUAUUUGUUGUCUGUGCUUGUGAGACAUCCCUCUACAGGUGUUCCCUAUAUGGUGGCUGAUUGACAACCUACAGGAUUGGUUGGGUCAACGCAUAAAAACAGACCGAGAUAUCCUCUGAAAAACUCGCAGCCUGGGCGGAGUUGCUAGUGCACAGGAGAAGAACAUCAGGCGGCUGACAUAAAACAGUGAAUUCUGGGUAGACUUUUUGUCCGACUUUGAGGAGGCGUUUUUAACCCCUCCCCGACUGCAAGCGGCUACUCUCGCCGGUCGUUUCAUGCAGCCGCAGACCAGUGGAGGAGGAGCAGGAUGGACCUGCAACAUAAAGGAGGCCUCAGGUUCUAGAACCCCAGUCCCUUCCAAAGCAUCGUUCACUUCUUGAGCAGCUUGUGUGGUACUGAAGUCAGCCAAAAUGAGCCUGUCAGCCAAGGAGAAAACUUUAGUCAAGGACUUCUUCACAAAGGUGUCCAGCAGGUCCGAAGAGGUCGGGACUGAGUCUCUCUCCAGGAUGCUGGUGGUCUACCCUCAGACCAAGUCAUACUUCGCCCACUGGAAGGACUUGAGCCCUGGGUCUCCCCCAGUCAGGAAGCAUGGAAUCACUAUCAUGGGUGGCGUCUACGAGGCCGUGAGCAAAAUCGACGAUAUUGUCGGUGGUCUCGUUACCCUUAGCGAGCUGCACGCCUUUAUGCUCAGGAUUGAUCCUGUCAACUUCAAGAUCCUGUCCCACUGCAUCCUUGUGGUGCUGGCCAUGCUGUUCCCCGAAGAUUUCACCCCCCAAGUCCACGUCGCUGUGGACAAGUUUAUGGCCCUCCUAUCCCUGGCCCUGGCUGAGAAAUACCGCUAAAGGACAGGCACAGUUCGUGCAUGUCGCACCAGCCAGAUGUGUCUCUCGUGUUUGAAAUUCAUCUUCAUUGAGAAAUAAAAGUGGUGCAAUAACGCU